AUGCCGCUAGACCUAUCGCUGUAUCUGGUCACAGACUCGACCCCGGCCAUCCUCAAGGGUCGUGACCUGUGUACCGUCGUGGAGGAAGCUUGCAAGGGAGGUGUCACCAUCGUGCAAUAUCGGGACAAAACCAGCGACACUGGUGAUCUCAUCGAGACAGCCAGCAAACUUCACCAAGUCACCAAGAAGUAUGGUGUGCCACUUCUGAUCAACGACCGAGUAGAUGUUGCCCUCGCUGUCGGUGCAGAAGGUGUUCAUCUAGGCCAGGAUGAUAUGGUGUUUGAAGCAGCAAAGAAGCUCCUGCCAAAGGAUGCUAUCAUUGGAAUCAGUACUUCCACGGUGGAACAAGCUAAGAAGGCCAUUGCUGAUGGGGCCGACUAUUUGGGCAUCGGAGCGAUGUUCGCCACUCCAACCAAGACAAACACCAAGGCGUUCCUCGGUACUGCAGGAACGCAGGCAUUUCUGAGUGAGAUUAGCGAUUCGUCAGUAGGCACCGUCGCCAUUGGCGGUAUCAACCAUUCCAACGUGCAGCGCGUGCUCUACCAGUCCAAAUCCCCAGCGAAGGGACUGGAUGGAGUCGCCAUUGUCAGUGCAAUUGUUGGUGCCGAGGACCCCAAGGCAUCAGCAGCGAAGUUGGCCGAGCUGAUCAAGAAUACUCCGAUGUUUGCCUUGACACCUCAGCCCUCCCGGGCUAAUGAGGUCGAGGCCCUGCUGCAAGACAUCCCUGCUAUCGUACGGAAGAUGGUCGAAGCACACCCACUAGUGCACAACAUGAUCAACUUUGUCGUAGCUAACUUUGUCGCCAAUGUCGCUCUCUCAAUUGGCGCAUCACCUAUCAUGGCACCUUACGGUGACGAAGCCAAGGACCUCUGCAAAUUUGACGGCGCCCUGCUCAUCAACAUGGGCACAUUGACCAGUGAGAGUGUGUCCAACUACCAAAAGGCCGUUCAGGCCUACAAUGGACGCGGUAAUCCGGUCAUCUACGACCCAGUCGGCGCCGCCGCCACCGGGAUCCGUCGCAACGCAGUCUCGACCCUGAUGGCCGGCGGAUACUUCGACCUGAUCAAGGGAAAUGAGGGCGAGAUUCGCCAAGUGUGGGGAAGCAAUGCCGUGCAGCAGCGCGGUGUCGACAGUGGACCUAGCACAUUGGACGGCCAACAGAAGGCUAAGCUGGCGCGCGACUUGGCUCGACGAGAGCGUAACGUGGUCCUGUUGACCGGUGCCGUCGACUACCUCAGCGACGGCGAGCGCGUCAUCGCUGUGGAGAACGGCCACCCAUACCUUGGCCAAGUAACGGGAACUGGUUGUGCCAUCGGUUCGGUUUCAGGUUGUUUCCUUGCGGCCCAUCGCUCUGACAAGCUCCUCGCCGUGCUGUCUGGUCUCUUGCUGUUCGAGAUUGCGGCCGAGAAUGCUGCUGCCAAGGAGUACGUCCGUGGGCCGGGUAGCUUUGUGCCUGCUUUCCUUGAUGAGCUGUAUGCCAUUCGGACGGCCGCAAGUAAGGGCGAUGAUGGCUGGUUUGUGGGUCGUGCUAAGGUGCACGAGGUGAAGUUGUAG